AAAGUUCUUUUUUUUAGAAGCCAAAAUUCGCAUUUGAUUAGUCAAAGUUCGUCUUUGUAAAUUGCUAAAAGUCGUAUCGCAUCAACUUUUUUUACGAAGAUGGACAAGGAAACGAUGCAAUGGAUUAUGAGGAAGAAGUUGAUCCUUUCAACACUAGUUCCUUGAUGACAGCUCGAUAUCGAUUAAUUCAAGAGCGCUUUCCCACUGAAUCCACAGAGGAGCUUGACACUCAAAUGGAAGAUAUUUCUGAAGGUCUAGCUGUAGAAAACAUAAUGUCUACUCUGACAAACAAAAAGCAGUUUUCUAGUAUUUUAAUAGAAUCAAACUCUUGAAUGCUGUCGCUUCUGCCCGAGAGGCUCAAGUUGAGGUUCGCACUGCUCAAAAAUGGGCAAAGCGCCUCAAAGUAUUAAGCUCGUGAGAGUAAGGUAAGAGGUAAGCAUACCUACAACCUCUUGUUUUAAUCACAGUCAUGAUGAUGUUCCUCUUCAAAAUCAAUUAAUUCAGUAUCAGGGAUUUCAACUAUAAUUUUGAAGUAAUGCAUGAAUUCUAGGGGUAUAUUAUUAUAAGACGUUGCUUUUUUUAAAAGAUGUAAAAAGCAAGUUUUAAAAAUAAACACAAAAUAAGAAGG